CCAACGAGACCGCCGUUCGGGGGCGUGGUAACGCAACCGCGUUCCGGCACAGUUCACGUGCGGGCAGCAGCGGACCCGCUUAGAGCUGCUAUGGCCCAGCCCGGGACUUUGAAUCUCAAUAAUGAGGUUGUGAAGAUGAGAAAAGAAGUGAAGAGAAUCCGAGUUUUGGUUAUCCGAAAACUUGUCCGGAGUGUUGGCAGACUGAAGUCGAAAAAGGGUACUGAAGAUGCACUGUUGAAAAACCAAAGACGAGCACAACGAUUGCUUGAAGAAAUUCAUGCCAUGAAGGAGUUGAAACCUGAUGUAAUAACUAAAUCUGCUCUUGGUGAUGAUAUCAGCUUUGAAAAAAUCUGCAAAAAGCCUGAUUCUACUGCAACUGAAAGAGCAAUUGCCAGACUAGCAGUGCACCCUCUUCUGAAGAAAAAAAUAGAUGUGCUAAAAGCUGCUGUCAAAGCCUUUAAAGAUGAGAGACAAAAUGUUGUUGAAGUUAAGUCAUCAAAGAAUGGUUUAGAAGAAAAUCAUUCCAAGGACACUUUGUGUUCAAAUGAUGAUGCCAGUAAGUUACAACAUGAAGGAACUAUUAUCAGUGAGCAAAAAGAGAAAGAAGCCAAAAUAAUGGCAAAGAAACCAAUAAAUAAUUCAAAAGAAAAUAGAGCCAAGAUGGAACAUGGACCCAAAGCAGUGGACAUUCCAAAUUCUCUAUCACAGCCUUCUGAAAAAGAUUCUGCAGUUCCCUCUAAACCCCAGAAGACAGCUGCUAACCCCCAAAUGAAGACAUUAACUCAAACCAAAAAAAAGAAAGAGUCCAGUAGCUCACUUGGUGUUAACAGUGAUGAAGAAGAAUUACAUGAAGAAGAGAAGGAAUAUUUUGAUGAUAGCACAGAAGAAAGGUUUUACAAACAGUCUUCCAUGUCUGAGGAUAGUGAUAGUGGUGAUGACUUCUUCAUUGGGAAAGUCAAACGGACACGAAAGAAGGAAAGUAGUUGUCAUUUUUCAGUGAAGGAACAAAAAACCCCUGAAAAAUUAUUGCCUGAAGAAGAUGUACUUGAAACCCAUCAGGAUAUAAGAAAUGAUAACAAGUCACAUACAGAAGCAAGGAAGUUUGAGUCAGUGUUUUUCCAUUCUUUAUCUGGAUCUAAAAGCUCUGGAAAAAAUUACAGAGAACAGGUUCCAAAAAGCAAAACCCCAGAUUUUCAGCAAGUUGAACCUCAGAUCAAGAAUCAGUUUAAUAAGAGUGCACAAAGAGGAUUUGAAAAUACAAAACAGAAAUCACAGCUGCCUCUUCAUCCUUCAUGGGUAGCAAGCCGGAGGCUAAAAGAACAGCAAUCCAAAAUUGCUGUGUUUCAGGGGAAAAAAAUUACCUUUGAUGACUGAUUAGUACUGUUUUUUGUGAACUUCUAAAUUUUGUUUUUCUUCUUUCUUAACUAGUCUGUUAUUUAAAUAUGUACUUGAAUAAGUCUCUGAAUGGGUCAUAGAAAUAAGUUUGGUUUUGUCUUUAUUUUUUUCUUUAAGUGUGUUCAAGUUAUGUUUAAGCUUCCACAAAUCAAGUACAUACUUAUAUUAAUUUUAAAUAUGUCCAGAUUAUUCCCUCUAUAAAAGAAUUUUGAGAUGAUAGCUAUCUCAGAUUUUCUCAUUUGUGCUUAUCAAAAAGUAUAUGUCACUAGUUUAGCUCUAUGUUUCUUUACUUUGAAAAUAAAUAUUGAGGUAUAUUUAAAAUAAUGGAAAAAUAUGAGGAAAUUGUAGCUAUUUAAAAUAGAUCACUUUUGCUGAAAAUUAUCCUUGUUGUUAGCAAAACUAAGAUGGUAACUUUUAUUAUGGGUAUACAGAUGAUAAAUUAUAUAAGUAAAUAUUAACUUUUAUUGUAGUUUUUAAUUAUUUAUAAUUUUUUAGUUUUUGACUGUUUUAAAAUAGUUUCCCAGGAAAAUUUUGGGUUUCUGAAUUAUGUUUCAGUUAUUUGGACAACAUUCAUGUUUAAAUGUAGCAACACAACCAAAAAUUUGUUUUCUAUUUUACUGCAUAUAAAAUUUGUCAAAUCAAGAAUGUGUAACAUCUUGGCCAUGUGUUCUUUUGUUUUUUCAGGCAAGGCGUUAUUGGGGCCUCUGCUGCAGCAGGGGGCACUGAGAACAAACAGGUGCCCUUGCUUGCUCACUCCCUUUUGUUCUUAUAGAAACAGUUUUUGAGAAAUCAUAGAUUGGAAUUUGUAGGAACAAAUUCUGAAGGAGGUAUGAUUGAAGGAGCAUUUGCACUAAUGGCUCAGCAGAGGUUAUGAGAUAACUCACUGAAGAAGGGACUUCUUUAUACUUCAUAGUACUGUUAUUUAAAAGGAAAACAGGAUUUUAAAAAUCCCUUCAAAUGUUUCACUUUUUGCUGCUCUGGGAGAAAUUAAGGUUCUUGGUUAAGUGAGUAAUGCUAACUAAAUUCUCUGUUUUCUGUGCAUCAGUGCUGUUAAUGACAGAAAAAAACCUUCUGGUUAGCAGGAAUUCAGAAGCUCUGGAAAGUCAUUUUUAUCUUUUUCAAGAGCAUAAGAAUUUAGAUAACUAGAGCAAUAGAAUUCAAGAGAUUAUACAGAAAGAAAAUUAUUUUUACUGUGUUAAAUGCAAAAUUUGUUUUUUCCUUCCUUUUUUCUUUUAAAUUUUUAUGUUUACGUAAUUCCAAUUAUGUCAAAUUGAAAUUAAUUUCCGUCGAAAUUUUAAUUAUGAAAAAUUACUGCAUUAAAAGUUAAAAAAGAAUGUCUCUGUCCCUACCCAGAUUUAGCCAAACUGCGAGGUUGAGAGCACUGUCGUUGGCCCAAAACUUCUAACCCCAACUUUAAGGAAUUAGGGUUUGACUACAGAGUUAGAGGAAAGAGCCCAUACAAGACCACUCUCAUUUCUGACACCAACUGCAGGUUUGGAGAUUGCAGGGGAGGGUUCCCCAAAUACACUAGGUUCAAAAGUUUGCUUGCAGAACUCACUGAACCCUAUUAUAUUCCCAGUCAUAAUUUAUUACAGGGAAAGGGUACAGAUUAUAACCAGUGAAAGGAAGAGAUGCAUAGGGCAAAGUCUAUGAGGGUUCUAAAAGCAAACUUUCUAUUGUCCUCAGGUUACAUUACCAUCCUGGCAUCAGUAUGCACAAAGUAUUGCCAGCCUGAGAAGCUCACCCGAGCUUUAGUGUCCAGAAUUUGUAUUGUGGCUUCGAUAUGUAGACAUGAUCAGUUGAUUGCCUGCAUGAUUGUUGUAGAUAGAUUCAUAAUUCAUCCUGAAUUACAUGGUAGGUCUUUUUUAGUGUAGCCAGUUCCUGCCCUAAACAAAGACACUCCUAUCAGGUAUGGUAUAGAAUGCCUCCACGAAGCUGAAAGCAAAGGCAGUUUCUUUCUUUGGGCAAGGCCAGAUUCUUUACUACACAAUAUCCUUCAUCCAAAUUCCCCAAAUAUUGACAUCUUACUGUAUUUACUUUAUCCUUGGCUCUCAUCCUCCGUUCUCUUGUCUGCUUUUUCCUUUCCUUUUCCCCUUUCUCUUUUUCCUUUUUUUAUCUUUCUCCCUUCCCCUCUUGUUUCUUUUCCUCACUUUAUCCCUCUCUCCCUCUCCAUCUGCUCUCUUCCUCUCACCCUUAUAUCAUUUCUUUCUUCUUUUUCUCUCCCCCCUUUAUAUUAUAUUCUCUCUUGAAAAACAAAAUCAUUCUCUAUUCUUUUGUAUUACCACACUCCAGUUAUCAAAUAUUCAUAUUUGCCAAUUGUCCCAGUGUCUUUUUACAGCAACAGAAACUACAGCAUCAUGCCUUACAUCCAGUUGUCACCUUACAUUCACUUUGGUCAUCUCUCUUUGGUUGGGAACAGUACCUCAGUCUGUCUUAGGAUUUCAUGACAUUGACAUUUUUCAAAAGUAAAGAUCAAUUUAUUUUGCAGUAUCCCUUUAUUUGGAUUUGUCUAAUAUUCCCAUUAUGAAAUUCAACUAUACACUUUGGCAGGAAUGUUACAGAAGGAAUUUGUUGUAGUGCAUCAUAUCUGGAGUUAGGUGAUGAUGUUGAUAUGGCUGACCCAUUACUGGUAGUAUUAACUUUGCUUACUUAUUUCAAGUGGUAUCUAUAAAGUUUUUCCAAUGCAAAA